AUGUCUUUUGCAGACGCUACGCGACGAAGUCGGUCUGCUGGAGCAAAUGCUGAGGACACCUUAUUCGUGAAAGGCGGUUGUCCCGUGGCCUUCUUCUUCCAUCCGAGUGUUAGGGAAGGACGCGAUGUACUCGAACAUGAGAUCACGACACACGGUGGUAGUGUAUGCGAGGAUGAGCGACGAGCCAACGUGAUUUUAGUCGAUGAAGAAGCUGACAUCGAGCAUAUCCGCCGGCGUUACUACCGCUCAGAUGUCCUCUGGCAGAAGCGCGUUCAUAUCGAGUAUAGGGAUUUUGUCCUUAAAUGCAUCAGGGAUCGAAAAUAUGAACACCGUCCGCCAGCAAGGAAGGGUAUGCCCGGUGCUCCAGUUGGGCGCGUACGCGUACCAUUUACCGCAGAAGAUGAUGAUCAUCUCGCCUUUUACAUUGCAACCGCCUAUCCUAAUCCUGCUAAUGGGGGACGCAGCGGGAAUUUGGUGUACCAGCAGUUGACAGAGCAAUUGGCUGAUGAACCGGAAUUUAUAUACUGGGCAAAAAGGCACACAUGGCAAUCCUGGCGCGAGCGCUACAGAAUGAAUCGUGUUCGUUUUGAUCCUAUGAUUGCCGAA